GGUACGGCCCGCGCUGGGCGGCGGAGCAGGCCUGAGCGGCAGCGGUCACCGCACAGGCCCCGGCCCGGCAGGAGCCGCCCUCCUCUGCAGCCGGUUCGUGAAAUACGCGUUUCCCAGUAGCGAGCCCGCUCCCGCUAUGAAAUUUCUGUUGGUUUUUGAUUUUGACCAUACAAUCGUAGAUGAAAAUAGCGAUACCUGGAUUGUGAAAUGUGCUCCUGAGAAAAAACUUCCUAAUGGAUUAAGAAACUCCUACCGACCAGGACAUUGGAUAGAAUAUAUGGGCAGAGUCUUUGUCUACUUGGGAGACAAUGGCGUCAAAGAAGACGAGAUGAAAAGAACCAUGACAACAAUUCCUUUCACUGCGGGGAUGAUAGAUCUUCUGGGUUUUAUUGGCAAGAACAAAGAGUUGUUUGACUGCAUAAUUGUUUCAGAUUCCAAUACAGUAUUUAUUGACUGGAUUUUGAAAGCUGCUGGCUACCAUAAGGUGUUUGAUGAAGUGUUUACAAACCCUGCAGCAUUCAGCAGUACAGGCUAUCUUACUGUACAGAACUUCCAUGCUCACCAUUGUGUGAGGUGCCCUGAAAACCUUUGCAAAAGGAAAGUUUUAAAAGAAUUUCUAGAUAAACAGUUGGAGCGAGGAGUAAGUUAUACACAAGUUGUGUAUAUAGGUGAUGGUGGGAAUGACUUAUGUCCGGUAAUGUUUUUGAAGAAGGAUGAUAUUGCUAUGCCCAGACAGGGAUAUACCUUGGAGAAAAAGGUUUCUCAACUGGCCAAAGAUCUCAGUCCUGUAGAGUGUUCUGUUCUGGUUUGGUCAUCAGCUACUGAUAUUAUGUCUUAUCUGAAACUGAUUUUAAAGGAAUAAUUCAAAUGAUAAAAGGAAACUAAUAGAGUUAUAUUUUAUUUUCCUGGGAGGGAAAAACUGUGUGUGUAUAAAAGCACAGGAUUGUAAAAUCAGGCUGUUAUCUGAACUUAAUGUUUUCUUUAAACAUGAUAUAAAACUGUUUAUGCUCAGUCUUGGCAAUAGUGGGAAAGUGAAGUUAAAAUGGCUUGCUAACAUAGUACACAUUCCAACAGAAGUGGAGAAGAGGGGUUGCAAGAAUUGCUGUUAUUCUUAAUCUUGUACAACCCCCUCCCACCCCCCCCAAGCUUUUACUGACUACUUAACUGGCUUUUUCUGUUCCACGCACUUAGGGGAAGGAGUAGGAUUAGUGCACAUAAGAAUGAAAUUCUUUACUUACGAAACAUUAGGUGCCAGGAGCAUGGUUCUGGAGUUGUUGGCUUUUAUACUUCUUUGAUCAGGAUAAAUGUUUAAUUUUGUAAGUUAUUUGAUAUGCUUGUAAUCUUGUUUGAUCUGAGGAUGCAUUUAUAUUUUCAAUAAACUCAAUGUUUUACCAUUAAUACUUAAUAUUAUCUUAUAUUGUAAAAGACAAUAAAAUUUAUUGUCACUGACAAAAUCAA